AAGUUUGGUAUUUGUGGAAGAAAGAAUAAAGCAGCAGUAGCACAAGAAGAAGAAGAAGAAGAAGAAGAAGAAGAAGAAACAGUGCACAACGGCAGGCAGGCAAGAAAGUCUCCACUCCCCAGAGGAGACCUCUUUCUGUUCCUGUGUUUCCUGCAGAAAAUUUCACAUACACAAACACAGACAACCCCAUCAAGAACAAUUAGGAAGCACAGAAAGGCCAGAAGCAGGAGGGUUGGGUUGCAGGCAGAAAAAGUAGAGUUCAUCCGCCAUGGUAGGAGCUUCCAGUUUUAGAAAAGCAGCGACCAAGAUCAAAUUUCCUUGCGGUUCCUUCUCAAAAAUCGAACAACCUGAAGAUGAUGAUACCGUCGUCGACAAUAAUAUCUCGGGCUCAUCUCUUUCAAUGAAGCAGGAAAAUGCCUCAGAGAUCGUAGACGAGAUGGAAUCCAGUGGCGUCAGCAAGAGUUUGUGUGCGAUAUGUCUGGAGGCCUUGAGAUACAGCAAUACGAAAGUGGGAAGCCCAGGGCAAACUGUAUUCACGGCGCAGUGCUCACACUCAUUCCAUUUCAGUUGCAUCUCCUCCAAUGUCCGCCAUGGGAGCGUAACCUGCCCCAUUUGCAGAGCGUACUGGACAAAGCUCCCACGAAACCUCAACCCACCCCAACUCUAUACUUCUUCCCUCCCUUGCACCACCCAAUCGGAUCCAAUCCUCCGCAUCCUCGAUGAUUCCAUCGCCAACUUCCGAGUCCACAGGCGUUACUCCCUCCGAUCCGCUCGCUACGACGACGACGACCCAGUGGAGCCUGACCUCAAUUCGCCGCCGCACCCCCGCCUCCACCUCAGUCUCAUCCCGAUUCCCUUCACUCCUCUUCCUCCCCCAGCAACAACACUUACAUUUCGGCAACUAAUUGCAGGACCCGCUUCGUACCAACAAGGAUUAACACAACCUGGACCACAGAGUAACAGAGCUUAUCUCUCCGUAACACUAGCACACCACCAAGCGACAGACCUCGUCCUGGUUGCCAGCCCCAAUGGGCCACACUUGAGGCUCCUCAAGCAAUCCAUGGCAUUGGUAGUCUUUUCCCUUCGCUCCAUUGACCGUCUGGCCAUCGUCACCUACUCAUCCGCCGCAACACGAGCCUUCCCCUUGAGACGCAUGUCAUCCCAUGGGAAACGUAUGGCCCUGCAAGUCAUCGAUCGCAUCUUCCACAUGGGUGAGGCAGACCCAGCUGAAGGCCUCAAGAAAGGUAUCAAGAUACUGGACGAUCGUGCUCACAAGAACCCCAGGUCUUGCAUCCUGCACCUCUCGGAUAGCCCCACAAGGUCGUAUCUUGGCCAUGAAAUUGAUAUGGAAAUCCCCAUUCCAGUACAUAGGUUUCACGUUGGGUUCGGUUUCCGCACCUCCAAUGGAUUUGUGAUGCAUGAAUUUGAAGAUUUUUUGUCUAGACUUCUGGGAGGCGUCAUCAGAGAAACCCAGUUGAGAAUUGGAGCGAAUGGAGGGGUUGUAAGGCUUGGGGAACUGAGGGGAAGAGAGGAGAGGAGAAUUUCUCUAGACUUGGGUGAUUCUGAAUUCAUUUGUGUUGGGUAUAGCUAUGUGGAGGGUGGGGUGGAUGAAUGCAUAAGUGGAGAAAUUGUGGUGAGCGUGGAGGAUAAGAGGGAAAGCGGUCAACCUGCUGGUGGGAGAGAUGUUAGCAUAGGCGGUAGAACCAGUGCUGAGGGUUGGGAUUACCAUGAUCCUUACAUGGCUAGGAGGUGGGCAAGACAUUUGCAUGGAUAUAGGCUCUGAAGCUCUUCUCCGGAACCAUAUACAAAAGCCAACCAUCCCUCAAAAUUGGCUUAGUUCAGUUCAUGUACUAUUAGGAAUGCUUUCCCUCUGGUACUAGCUGACCAGAGAGAGAAAAUCCUUGUGUCUGCAAACAAUUUUGUGUAUUCAUUUGUGAUUAUGGAUGACUCCAACUCAAGAGCACCUCGCACAGAGGGGUGACAUCCUUUUGACUCA